AUGGCUUACACAUCAUCUCAUGGUGAGACUGAGGGUCUUUCAAUGAACCGUCCUCCAUUCUUCAAUGGUAAAGACUACGGAUUUUGGAAAACUAGGAUGAGAAUUUUUUUGACAUCACUAGAUCUUGACUUAUGGGAUGUAAUUGAAAAUGGUCCACAUUGUCCUAUGAAAAAGGAAGGUGAAAAUUUAGUAAAGAAGGAUAGGAGUGAAUGGACUAGUGAUGAGAAAAAGCUAGUGUGUCUUAAUGCUAAGGCUAUAAAUGUUCUUCAUUGUGCUAUGUCUAGAUCUGAGUUCAAUCAUAUAUCAACUUGUAAAGAUGCUCAAGAAAUUUGGAAUAUGCUUGAGUUAAAACAUGAAGGUACAAGUCAGGUUAAAGAUUCAAAAAUAAAUAUGCUUGUACAUCAAUUCGAAAUGUUCAAAAUGAAGAAUGAUGAACCUGUUUGUGAUAUGUUUGCACGUUUAACUUCUAUCUGCAAUGAUCUUGAGUCUCUGGGAAAAGUUUUUACAAAUGCAAAGAAAGUGCAAAAGGUUCUAAGAAGUUUGCCUAAAACUUGGAGGGAUAAAGUCACAGCCAUACAAGAAGCUAAGGAUCUCCGAACCUUGAAGAUGGAAGAGCUCAUUGGCUCUCUUAUGACACAUGAAUUGGAUAUGAUGAGUCGUGAGGAUGAAGAGGAGCUGCCAAAGAAGAAAGGAAUAGCUCUAAAAGUGGAUGAUAAGGAUAGCUCAAAUGAUGAAGAGGAGGCAGCCUUACUAGCAAAGCAUUUUCGUAAAUUCAUGAAGUUCAAGAAGCAAGGUGGCUUCAAGAGUAAGGCACAUGGAAAAGGUAGGAAUAAAGAAGAUCCUACAUGCUUCAAGUGUGGCAAACUAGGACAUAUGAUAGCUAAUUGUCCGAAGGCCUCCAAGACCGGAUUCAAGGGUAAGGCAAAGGUGGAGAAGAAAGCUUUCAAGGCCACUUGGGACGAGUCUUCGGAUGAGUCUUCAAGUGAUGAAGAAGAGGAGAUCAAGGCAAAUUUGUGCUUGGUUGCAAAAGAAGUAAAAAACUCAUCUCCCACAGAUGAGUUGGUAAGUGAUUUAGAAAACCCUUCUAAUGAUGAAUUAUCCAAUGCUUUUGAUGAAUUGUAUGUGCAACAUGAAAAUUUACUUCUUAAAUAUAAAUUGAUUAAGAAAGAAAAUUCUAGAUUAAAGAAAUUGGAAUAUGCUCAUACACAUGAAAUUGAAGCACUAUGUGCUAAGGUUAUUGAGUUAGAGAAGGAGAACGAAGUGCUUGAGAAACACAAGUGUGUUGAGUCCCAUGUUGACUCUUACACAAAUUUAGAGCUUAAAAAGUUGUAUGAGUUUGAUGAUUUACAAGCUAGAUUGCAUGACUUAGAAUCUGAAUUGAAAUCUUGGGAUGAACAUGAAAGUGUUAUGUUAUCAAAUGCUUCUUCCUUGCAAAAUGAACUUGAUGAAUUAAGGGAGAAGAACAAAAUGCUAGAAUUACAAUUUUCUAAAUUCAACAUGAGUUCUGAAAAAUUAAAUAUGCUUUUAUCAUCUCAAAGACAUUAUUUGGAUAGGAGUGGAAUUGGAUAUGAUCCAAUGAAACUCAAGGAAAGUUUGAAUGCAGGUUUUAGUGGCACAAGUAAAAUGGGUAGUACUUCAAGAGUAGCUGCCCAUAUGCCUAGGAACAAUGGUGCUAGAAUUUCACAUUCAAAGCCUAGAAGAGUGCACUUGAGAAAAUUUUGGGUGCCUAAGGGCAUAAAUGAUGUAGAUAUGCAUGCUUAUAUCAAAAAUGUUUAUAAUGUGUGUCUUAAAUCUAAGUCCAAGACAUGGUACUUGGAUAGUGGGUGUUCAAGGCACAUGACUGGAGAUACAACACUUUUCACAUCAUUUAUUGAGAAGAAAAACGGAGGUAAUGUCACUUUCGGGGACAACUCCAAGAGUAAGAUCCUAGGAAUAGGAUCCGUAGGUAACAACUGCUUCUCAAUUGAUAAUGUGUUGUAUGUUGAUGGUCUAUCAUUUAACUUGAUAAGCAUAAGUCAAUUGGUAGAUAAGGGUUACGUUGUGAAAUUCAAAGGAAACAAAUGUUUGAUUAAAAAUAAUUGGAAAGAACUUGUGAUUGUUGGUUAUAGAAGUGGGAAUGUAUAUGUGCUUGAUCUUGACUCCUUGUGUAGUGAAAAUAUACCAUGUUUACUUGCAUCAAAUGAAAGUGCUAUGAUUUGGCAUAGAAGGCAUUUCUCAUAUUUUAGUGCACCAAGAACACCCCAACAAAAUGGGGUUGUAGAGAGAAAAAAUAGGACAUUGCAAGAAUUAGGAAGAACCAUGUUAAUUGAGUACGACUUGCCAAAAUCUUUUUGGGCCGAGGCUAUAAACAAUGCUUGUUAUAUUUCAAAUAGAUUGACCAUCAGAAAAAUAUUGAAUAAGACCCCCUAUGAACUUUUGUAUGGUAAAAAGCUCAUGGUAGAUUAUUUUAGAGUGUUUGGAUCAAAAUGUUACAUAUUAAACACCAAAGAUAAUCUAGAUAAAUUUGAUGCUAAAAGUGAUGUAGGAAUCUUUCUUGGCUAUUCAACACACUCUAGAGCAUAUAGGGUAUUUAAUUCUACAUCUAAACGUGUUGAAGAAAGUAUACAUGUAAAAUUCGAUGAUAUAAAUUCACUUGAUUCUAAUGUGCAUGAGAAAGAUAGGGAAACAGGUUUGGAAGGACUUGAGCUCCCUCAAUCAUUCUUAGAAGUUACUCAAGAAAUACCUCAAGAGGAAAAGACCACGGAUCAAAAGGGAAUAAUAAACAAAGAAGCAUCUCCAACUAUACAAAAAGAUGUCCCAAGAGAUGCUAGUGAUGAACAACUCAUGCAUGAUGAAGAUGAUGUCCAUAAUGAUCAAGAAGAUCUGAGUUUUCAAAGAUACAAGGUCAUGCGUUCGCAUCCUAAAGAAUUAAUAAUUGGUGACUUGUAUGACGGAAGACAACCAAGAGCCAAGAAAGGGUCUCAACGGUCAAUUUCUAAUCCUUUUAACUCAUUUGCUAUGUUAUCUUUAAUUGAGCCUAAAUUUGUGAAAGAUGCUUUGUGUGAUGAUAAUUGGGUGAUUGCAAUGCAAGAUGAGUUAAACCAAUUUGAAAGAAGUAAGGUUUGA